UUGUUCUCUGCUUUUCUUUUUAUCCUUCAAUAAUACACUUUGUUUCUAUAUAUAAAGGUAAGGACUUCCCAUAUGGAGCACCAUAUCAUCGUUUAUCUUUAUUGUUAGGCAAUCACAAGCUACAACUGGAGUCAAAUCGAGGCACAAAAUUCUAAAGGGAGGGCGUGAUGAAUCGACUUCCAGAAUGGUUGACAAGGCUAUGGCAACAGUGGGAUGUUCGGGGGUUGGCUCUACUUAGUUUCACUUUACAAUUUAUUCUUUUCAUCUUUGGACAACGUAGAAAGUACACGCCAUCAUUAUGGACCGGUGUCAUUGUUUGGAUAGCCUACUUGAUGGCCGAUUUUGUGGCAACUCUGGCCCUUAGCAAGCUCUCUGACAAGGGCAAUGCUAAGCCUAAUGGCGAAUUGGGGGCGAUAUGGGCACCCUUGCUUUUGCUGCACCUCGGUGCCCAGAUACUAUAACAGCUUUUUCUGUAGAGGAUAAUAAUUUGUGGUUGAGGCACUUCAUAGGAUUAGGUGUUCAAACUGUUGUGGCAGUUUAUGUCAUUAUUUUGUCUUGGAGAAAUUCCUUGCUUUCUUUUCUGUCAAUUCCGGCGUUCGUGGCUGGAAUUAUUAAGUAUGGAGAGAGAACAUGGGUUCUCAAGUCAGUAAGUAAUGAUAAAUCGGGAAGCAUUCUACCGAUUUAUGACCAUAUCUCGAUUGGAUCAAUUCAUGAUCCACAUUUAGAUAAUUAUUAUGCUAGAGAGAAACAAUAUGUAAGUGCUUUACUGCUGGGCCUAAAAUCGGUUAAGGAUUUUAAGGAAUAUAUGGAGCAAUAUGAACCUGAUAAGACAACGUUUAUGAUACACCAUUGUGUGGGUGAUGAAAUAUUUCUUUGGAAAGCAUUGGAGGCUGAAAUGGGGUUGAUGUAUGAUUUGUGGUACACAAAGGCAGUGGUAACUUAUACCAAGGUAGGAUGCAUUUUCCGCUCGAUCAGUUUCGCUUGUACAGUGUGUGUGUUGGUAGGAUACUUCUGGCUCACUUUUAGGAAUCAACAACACUACUACUCCACGGUUGAUAUUGCCAUCACAGGCGUGCUAGUGGUAGGAGCUCUAACUUUGGAGAUUUAUGCAGUUGCUCUAUUAUUGUUCUCUGAAUGGACAAUUCUUUGGCUAAUUAAAAACAAACAUCUCCAACUGGUGGCCCGAUUGGGAAAAAGGUUUCCUUGGUUAUUCCGAAUGCUUGAAAAGAAAAGGUGGUCUAAAAAGAUGGGGCAAUUUGAUCUACUUGGUUUUUGCCUCAAAAAACAGUUCAAGCCUUUAAUGACAUUGACGACUUGGAGUAGGAGUAGACUUGAGUGGUUGGCUGGUAUUCUGGACAAUGUCAACUGGUACAUGCACAAGACUUGUGUGAAUGUCCAAUCUGAUUCUAAACUACCUAGCAUGAUUCUGAGACACAUAAAGUACUUGGCUGAUAAAAAUACUAUUAUGCGUCACCAUAAUACUAGUUCUGCUACCAAACUUAAAAAACUGAAUGAUGAAGAAGGGGACAUGACAUAUUCGGCUGAGGUACAUUUUCACUCUAAAAUUUUUGUUUGGCACAUCGCAACAGAAAUGUGCUACCAUUGGGACUCGAAUACUUGUCAAAGCAGUUGUACUAACUCCACCUCUGCAGACGGAGAUGACGGGCAAGCUAGUAUUAAGGAAACAUGCAGAACUCUGUCACAUUACAUGAUGUAUCUACUCCUCAUUUGCCCUUCGAUGUUGGGCGUUAGUGUACGGAGAGAAUUUGGCUACCCCGGUCACAGCUCAGACAGUCACAGGAUCCAGUUGAUCAAUGAUCUCCAAGAGUUUCUCAAGAGUAAGAAUGUGCAUAAUGUAAGCGAAGCUUGCCGAGCAUUAGAAGACUUACCAUUAACUUUUGAUUCGACCACAAGGGAGGCACGCGAAUUUGCAUUAGAGUUGAAGGAAAAGAAAAUGGAAGAGAGAUGGGAAAUACUUAGUACAAUGUGGUUGACUAUGAUAUGUUAUGCAGCAAUGAAGGUUCAGAAAGAUAACCAUCUUCAACUCCUCAGACAAGGCGGUGACCUUCUCACUUUGGUUUGGUUCUCUCUCCCCCAAAUAGUUCAACCCGGCGAUGACAAUCGUUUUGAUAAACAUCAUUUUAAUGGUGGCUUUUGGCGUGGUGGCAAUUAUUUUGAAGAUAUUAUCGCAAUAGAGAGAAAUUUAAUCAAACAACUGGCAGUGUUAUUCCGCGAGACCUCAGAACGGUUCGACAAGUCUGAAGCAUUACUCCUCCAAAAAUCAACUGAAAUGGAUUAAAUUGGCAAUAUUUGCUCUUUGUAAUUCUUCUUAUUAAAUAAAUUAUAGGUAUGCAAUGUAAUAAUGUAAAACAGUAAUUUAUCUUU